CGCCCCGGUGUGCGCAUGUGCGGUGGGCUUGUGGCGGUGUGGAGCAGAAGGACACAGAGAGCUCUGUAUUAAACUGUAUUAGAAUUAAUAAGACAGUAAUCAGACACUGUGUGGAUCAGACAGCUGCAGGGCGGGCUGUAUCGUGGAAAAUGAGAACAGUGUAAAGUGCAGAAAAAGUACUCUGAUGUGAUAAUAAGGGCAGUGAUGCUGUCGGAGGUGCUGCAGGUGCUGAGGGGUGCCGGCCGGGUGGGCGCUGCCCUCGCCAGCACUCAGGGCGAACAGCUGCGACUGAUGGCCUGUAACUCCACACUGGGUGCAGGGGUCAAGGCUGCUCAGGAGGUGGUGGAGGGGCUGGCGGGCACCGUGAUGAGCGGAGGAGAGUCACAGAAUUUGGACGAGUUCCCCUCUGUUGAGGACUGGGAGCAGGCAGAGAUAGAUGAGGCUGUGAAGUGGGCGACGGAGAUGGACGAUGUAGACGGUAAGAAAGUAGCAGACCAGACGGGUCCGGGUGGAGGAUCACCAGGCAGCAGCGGCUGGCCGGGACAGAGCGCUCGCUUCCUGCACGUUUCUGCUCCUCUUUAUCACUCCAGGUUCCAUCACGACUCUGUAACGGCCCGACUCUCACCAGAGGACAUCAGAAAAGCCAGAGAGACCAAGAAGACCAUCAUCAGACCUGCUCGGCAGAAGCUGAGUGAGAGAGCGCGAGAGCGGAAGGUUCCGGCCACACAGAUCAGCAGACUUGCAAAUUUCGGAGGUUUAGCCGUGAGCCUCGGCCUGGGUGCCAUUGCUGAAGCAGCGAAGCAGUCUUUUAAUGGGAAGCGCUCAGAUAGUGGAGCUGUGCUGGACUCACCACUGCUGUCGGAGGCAAACGCUGAGCGGAUCGUGGAUACGCUGUGUAAGGUGCGAGGGGCGGCGCUGAAGCUCGGACAGAUGCUCAGUAUUCAGGACAACAGCUUCAUCAAUCCGCAGCUCCAGAAGAUCUUCGAGAGGGUUCGGCAGAGUGCAGACUUCAUGCCAGCCUGGCAGUUAAACAAAGUUCUGGAGGAGGAUUUGGGCUCUGGCUGGAGGGAGAAGCUCUCGUCGUUUGAGGAGAAGCCGUUUGCUGCUGCCUCCAUCGGGCAGGUUCACCAUGGAGUUCUACAUGACGGACGGGAGGUGGCCAUUAAAAUCCAGUAUCCUGGAGUGGCAGAGAGCAUCAAAAGUGAUAUUAAUAACCUGAUGUCUGUACUGAAGCUGAGCGUAGUGCUUCCUGAGGGGUUGUUUGCUGACAGCAGUUUGGAGGUGCUGCAGAGGGAGCUGGCGUGGGAGUGUGACUAUAAACGAGAGGCAGCCUGUGCUAAACGCUUCAGGGCUCUGGUGGAGGGAGACCCGAUAUUCAGAGUACCUGAGGUCAUCGAUGAUCUCACCACCGGCCGGGUCAUUACCAUGGAGCUGGUGCACGGGAUCCCGCUGGACAGCUGUGUGGAUCUGGAUCAGGAGACCCGGAAUAACAUCUGCUUCAGGAUCCUGCAGCUGUGUCUCAGGGAGCUCUUUGAGUUUCGCUUCAUGCAGACCGACCCCAACUGGUCCAACUUCUUCUACAACGCUGAGGAGAAAAAGAUCUACCUGCUGGACUUUGGAGCAUGCCGAGAAUACCCAGAAUCCUUCACUGAUGAUUAUAUAGAGGUGGUGCACGCCGCCUCCAUCGGGGAUCGAGCCACGGUUCUGCAGAAAUCCAAAGACCUGAAGUUCCUCACCGGCUUCGAAACCAAGGCCUUUGAGGACGCCCAUGUUGAGGCGGUGAUGAUCCUGGGGGAAGCGUUCGCCUCUCAGGAUGAUUUUGAUUUCGGGACUCAGAGCACGACGCGGCGGAUCCACAGUCUGGUGCCGGUGAUGCUGCGGCACCGGCUCACGCCUCCGCCGGAGGAGUCCUACUCCCUGCACCGCAAAAUGGCCGGCUCCUUCCUCAUCUGCUCCAAACUGGGGGCACGUAUUUCCUGCAGAGGCAUGUUCCUCGACAUCUACAACGCGUACCGCAGGCGGCAGCAGCAGCGCACGGGUCCGGUGUAGCGCGAGCGGAUCAGAACGGCAGGCCGCAGGGUUCGGUACACGGCUCGGAUGGACUGGAUUAAGUUUGUUUUUUUGCUACCGAUUGCCAUAAGAAAGAAGUUUAAGCCUGAAUAAAGAGAGAGUGUAUUUAUGUUAAUAUAA